ACACAAAUCAACCAGGUCUUUUGGGACUCAGAGCAGCUCAGGAACUCGGGUUGAUAAAAGUCGUGGGAAAUACCAGAGUAGACUCAACGACCAAGAAACCACCAGCACAUCUCAAAGAAGAAGUAAUCAAGAAACAUGCGAAAAUCUUCACUGGUUUGGGUCGUUUAGAGAGAGAAUACCACAUCGAAGUUGAUCCAACACCGGUCAUUAAUCCUUCUCGAACUAUUCCAGCUACUCUUCGCAGUAGAGUGAAAGAGGAACUUGAUGAUAUGGAAAGGAAAAACGUAAUUCGUAACGUGGAAGAGCCAACUGAUUGGGUCAGUUCUAUGGUUGUGGUGGAGAAACCUAACGGAAAACUUCGUAUUUGUUUAGAGCCAAAACAUCUAAACAAAGCAAUGAAACGUGAACAUUUUCAAUUACCGACAAUUGAAGAUAUGACAACACGUAUGGCCAAUGCCAGGUAGUUCUCCAAGCUAGACGCCAAUCAUCGAUACUGGCAAAUACCCUUGGACGAAGACAGUCAACUCCUUACCACUUUCAACACUCCUUUUGGCAGAUAUUGCUACACUUGCACUCCAUUUGGUAUCACCUCAGCACAAGAAGUUUUUCGGAAAAGGAUAUUGACGACAUCCUUAUUCACGGGACGACAGACGAAGAGCAUGAUCGACGCCUCGAAUCAGUCUUAGAAAGAUGUGAGAAGAUCAAUCUAACCUUAAACAAAGAGAGAUGUGAAUUCAAAUCCAGAGAAAUCACAUUUGUCGGACACAAACUGACAGAAAAUAGCGUUAAACCCGAUGAAGCGAAAGUUAAAGCUAUUAAUGAAAUGGAAGAACCAACAGACAAGAAAGGUGUGGAGAGACUGCUUGGAACUGUGAACUAUUUAGGAAAAUUCAUUCCAAAUUUAGCAACCCUUACCAAACCAGUCAGAUCGUUGUUGAAGAAAGAGAUCGAAUUCCAGUGGUCUUUCGAGCAACAGAAAGCAUUUCAGGAUAUUAAGGACACUCACCAAAGAUGAAGGUCCAGUAUUAAAGUUUUUUGAUGUAUCGAAGCCCGUCACCAUUAGCUGUGAUGCGUCACCUACAGGUUUGGGGGCAGUUUUGUUGCAGGAUGGCUACACAGUGGCGUACGCGUCAAGGUCGUUGACAGAAACCGAAUCAAGGUACGCCCAAAUAGAAAAAGAACUUCUGGCUGUGCAAUUCAGUCUUGAUCGAUUUCAUCAAUAUGUAUACGGAAAGGAAGUUAUUGUCGAGUCAGAUCAUAAACCUCUGGAGAUGAUAGCAAAGAAAUCGCUGGCAUUAGCACCUCCUCAUUUGCAGAGAUUACUCCUGAGAAUACAGAAGUACAACUACACUAUCGUCUACAAAUCAGCUAAAGAAAUGACAUUGCCAGAUAUGUUGUCAAGAGCUCCAUUACCCGAAACUGACGAGGAAAUGGAAAAAGAGAUUAAUUGCACGUACAUCUCGUAAGUUCAACCCUACCAGCUUCAGAAUUCAAAUUACAAGAAAUUAGAGAAGCAAGAAAGAGCGACGAAGGACUAAGAACAUUAUUGAAUAUUGUUCAGGACGCAGUCCUACCCAAUUGGAACAUUCGCGAUGAAUUGGAAUCAUCUUGAAAGGCGACCGUAUUGUCGUACCAUUAGCAAUGAGAAAGGCAAUGCUACAAAGAAUACAUCAUGGUCACAUGGGGAUCGAGAAAUCGAAGCGAAGAGGAUUUGCUACAAUUUUAUUGUAGUAUAAUUAAAUCAACUCUGGAAUAUGGAGAUGUGUUGUG